AUACCGAAGAAAAUCCAAAAAUCAGUUUCUUUCAUUUUGAUCUCUCCAUAUGUGUAAUUCAACUAGCCAGCCAGCCACCUACCAAAUUCUUGUCUCGUCCCUCUCUUCCUCUCUAUAAACACAAUAUAAAUCACUCUGGAGAUCCCAUAAUCAUAGAAUCUUAAUCUUUUUAAAGAAUUUUGAUACAUAUAGAGAGAGGGGGAGAGAGAGAGAGAGAGAGAGAGAGAGAGAUGGGUGUUGAUCUUGAAUCUUUGUCAGAGGCAACAUCAGGCGCUAUUGGUUCAUUACUAAGCACAACAAUUUUGUACCCUCUUGAUACGUGUAAGACUAAGUAUCAAGCUGAGGCUCGUGAUCAUGGACAGCAAAAAUACAGGAACCUUACUGAUGUUUUAUGGGAAGCAAUAUCCACUCGACAAGUUCUUUCACUAUACCAGGGCCUAGGGACGAAAAAUCUGCAGUCUUUCUUUUCACAGUUUAUCUACUUCUAUGGGUAUAGCUACUUUAAAAGACUAUAUCUGGAGAAGAGUGGUUCCAGAAAGAUUGGAACGAAAGUUAACUUGUUUAUUGCUGCUGCUGCUGGGGCUUGCACUGCCGUUAUCACUCAGCCCCUGGAUACAGCCUCCUCGAGAAUGCAGACAAGUGCCUUUGGCAAAUCGAAAGGACUUUGGGAAACAUUGACAGAGGGCAGUUACAGUGGUGCGUUUGAUGGCCUUGGCAUCUCUCUUUUGCUGACCUCAAACCCCGCAAUUCAGAGAAUCGACUACACUGAGACAAGAGUUACAUAUAUUGCAGUACACGGUAUUCGAUCAGCUCAAACUAAGACUAUUAAAGACAAACCAGAACAACACAGAAAAGACUGCGGUAACCCUUUCUGCCUUCACAGCUUUUGUUCUGGGUGCGCUCUCAAAGAGUAUAGCCACCAUUCUGACAUAUCCUGCAAUCAGGUGUAAGGUGGUGAUUCAAGCUGCCGACUCAGAUGACGAUGAAGCUAAGAAAGCUCAGCGAAAGUCUAGAAAGACAUUGUCUGCUGUCAUACGUGCUAUAUGGAAAAAAGAGGGAAUUUUGGGCUUUUUCAAAGGAAUGCAUGCCCAGAUUUUGAAGACUGUACUGAGCUCAGCAUUCCUUUUGAUGAUCAAGGAGAAAAUAGCCGCAACCAGUUGGGUUCUUAUACUCGCGAUUAGAAGGUAUCUAUUUCUCACAAGGGGUAAACUAAAAGGUGCCUGAUGGUGAUUCCUCGAUGGUAAUAUGCUUCAAAAUCUUUGUAGAUAGUGUUACCGCUUAUUUAAUUUCAAGAAAACUGAAGGAUUCAAUUUAUCAGAUAAGAAGCUUAAAUUGAGAUGAGUUUAAUCCCGGAUUUUUUCUCUCCAAAGAUACUUAUUAAUCUAUGUAAUUUAUGAUUUGUAUUGUUUGUAAUGCAAUUUAAAUUCUCCCUGUAAUUCCGGUUUUUUUCGAAAAUUCAAAUAAAUGAUCUGUAAUUGUGAAA